AUGCCGGUGGCGGCGGUGCUGAUGAGCGUCUCGAUCACAUUGGUGUCAGCUGCAAGGCUGGGUGUGGUGCAGACGGAGGGCGGCCAGGUCGAGGGCACCAAUCAUGGCACGGGCCUGUUCAGGUCUGUGGACGUGUUCAAAGGGAUCCCCUUCGCUGACACCCCAGGACUGUGGGAGAAACCAAAACCUCAUCCCGGAUGGGACGGAGUACUUAAGGCCACCAAGUACGCCGAGCGCUGCCUGCAGGUGACACUGCUGCAGACACAAACCAGAGGAAGUCUCGAUUGUCUCUACCUCAACAUAUUUGUGCCUCAGGGACACAAACUGUCGUCCAACCUGCCCGUCAUGCUGUAUCUGUUCGGCGGGGCCUUCCUGCUGGGAGCGUCCGACGACUUGGCCAUCCUGGGAGAUUCGCUGUAUGACGGCAAGGAAAUGGCCGAGCGGGGGAACGUCAUCGUGGUGUCGGCCAACUACCGCGUGGGAACUUUGGGCUUCCUCAGCAGCGGAGACGCUCGUGUGCCAGGAAACUACGGCCUGUGGGACCAGCACGCCGCCAUCUCGUGGGUGAGCAGGAACAUCGCCGCCUUCGGAGGAAACCCGGAUAAUGUGACCCUGUUUGGACAGUCGGCCGGGGCCGCCGGGGUCAGCUUCCAGAUGUUGUCCCCAUAUAAUAAAGGAUUAUUUCGCCGGGCCAUCAGUCAGUGCGGCGUGGCCUUGAGUCCUUGGGCCAUCCAGAGGGAACCCAUGGCACUUACCAAGAAGAUCGCGCAUAAGGUCGGCUGUUACCGUAGCGACGAGGACCUGAUGUUGACAUGUCUGAAGAUGACGGACCCGGUGGGCCUCACCAUGGCGGGCAAAAUCGACAUCCUGCAGAUAUUGGGCAAAGGUGUGGUCAUGGACCUUCUGGAACAUGCCCCCGUGGUGGAUGGCGACUUCCUCCCCGACGAGCCUAGUCGUCUUUUUCACAACGCCGCCGACAUCGACUACAUGGGCGGCGUCAACUCCAUGGACGGGCACAUAUUUGCGGGCGUUGACGUGCCCUCCAUCAACAAGAAGAACGCCAACACCACAGUGGAGGACGUGCGGGGUCUCCUGAUGGGCCUGACCAAAGAAAAGGGUACGGCGGCUGUCGGUUCGGCAUUGAGCGUGUACUCCGCCCACUGGGGCUCUGCCCCGGAUCCGGCGGUGGUGAAGAAGACGGUGGCUGACAUCGAGACCGACUUCCUGUUCCUGGUGCCGACCCAGAUCGCGCUACAGCUCCACGCCGACCACAGCAGUGGUGGCCGGACCUUCUCCUACCUGUUCAACAUGAAGACCCGUAUCCCCGGCUUCCCAAGCUGGGUGGAGGCGGAGCAUAGCGAGGAUCUCCAGUACGUUUUCGGCAAACCUUUCGCUACACCACUCGUCUACUUCCCACGACACCGCGACCUGUCCCGAAACAUGAUCGCAUACUGGACGAAUUUCGCCAAGACUGGGGAUCCCAGUCAAGGCGACAGUAAGGUUCCGGUGCCGUGGCCCGCCUUCAGCAAAACUCAUCAUCCCUUCCUGACCAUCAACCACAAGAUGAGCAAGUCGUCAGUCAGCUACGACCUGAGACAGUACUACGUCGCCUACUGGAUGGAAAAGUACAGCAGCCCGCCGUCGGCACGGCGACUACAACGCAAGUGACGCAAAUAACAGCGACGACA